UGAUAUCUCUUAUAUCGCCGCUUUGUUUAUUGCGUUCCCGUACCGAAUUGUUUGAAAGAAAUGUCGGACGAUAACACUAAUUCAAGAGAUAAGCGGUCGCGAAGUCCAAGUAAUGAGGACAGACGAGGUUUGAAGCGCAAAUUCGAUGAUCGACACGAAGUUCGACUCAUCAUCCGCACCAGGGAUGCUGGAGCAAUAAUCGGGAUAGGUGGAGAAAACAUUAAACGUUUAAGACAUGAGUAUAAAGCCAGCAUUACUGUUACUGACAGCAGAACUCCUGAACGGUUAGUUAUAAUGGAUGGCGAUGAAGAUAAUCUUGUACUCAUCAUCACUGAUAUUGGAAAAGCUCUUGUUGAAGGUAAUAAAUCGAAGACAGACAAAGAUGACUUGGAACUAAAGUUCCUGAUUCACAACAGCCAGGCUGGUUGUGUUAUUGGCAAGGCAGCCAGUAAGUUGAAGGAACUGAGAAAAGAUUUGGAGGCUGACAUUAAAGUCUUCCCUGAGUGUUGUCCAAGAUCAUCUGAAAGACUUAUCAGAGUCAUUGGCAAGCCAGAACUCGUUGCCAAAGCCAUUCUUCACAUUUUGGUUCUUUUAAAGCCGUUUCCACCAAGAGGCCCGAUAGAUUUCUAUGAGCCAUCCAACUAUGAUGAGUACAUGGUACCAGAUUAUGGUGGUUACUAUGACGAUGAAGAUGACAGAAAAGGCAAGAGAAACAGUUUUGGAGGAGGAGGUGGAAGAAGGGAUAGGGGUAGAAGUGACAGAGGUGGAGGAAGGGAUCGAGAUUUUGACAGAAGGGGUAGCGGAGGUGGCUACGGAGGAUUCAACAACAACAGAAACCGAGGUCGAGAUAGGGAUCGUGAUGACAUCUACCCUCCCGUUCCUAGCAAUCCAGGCAGAAUUACUGAUUUAUUAAGCUGUCUGAAAACAACCCAGCAAGUCAGCAUUCCAGCUGAGCUUGCAGGAGUCAUAAUAGGGAAGCAGGGAUCGAACAUUAGGAAGAUAAGGAUGGAUACGGGAGCUGAGGUGGACCUAGAUGACGCCGAUGGAGGAAAGAGUGAUCGCAUCAUCACAAUUAAGGGUAAUCCUGAACAGAUUGCUAAUGCCCAGUACCUGCUUCAGAUGAGUCAGGAAGACAGCAAAUAUGACUACAACAAAACAAAGAAGGAACUCUCUUAA